AUGGAAGUACAAAUAUUAUCGUCAAUGACAAAUUUUACUCGCGAAGAAAUUCUACAAUGGCAUCAAAAAUUUUUAGCUGAUUGUCCACAUGGUUAUAUGACGCGAAAAAAUUUCAUAUCAAUGUAUAAAUCUUUAUGUCCAACUGCUGAUGUCGAACGUUUUGCUACCCAUAUAUUUCGUGCAUUUGAUAUUGAUAAAUCAAAUACAAUUGAUUUUCAAGAAUUUCUUAUUGGUUUAUCAAUGACAUCAACAACAAGUUCAACAAACACUAAACUUGGAUGGAUAUUUCAAGUAUUUGAUAUUGAUGGAAAUGGUGUACUAACACGAAGUGAAUGUUUAGAGGUUAUUGAUGUUAUUGUACGGUUCAAUCAAACUCAACGAACUGAUGAACCAAAUGCUGAAACGGAACAAUUAGUUAGAUCAGCUAAACGUAGUAUGAUGAAGAUAUUUGAUGAUAUAUCUGGUGAACAAUGUAAUUCAUUAACAAUGACACAAUUUGUUGAAGGAUGCCAAAAAGAUGAAUUUAUUUCAAAAUUGUUAGCACCGAAUUCCGGAACUGAAUCAACAAGUACACAAAAUACAGAAAAUUCUGAUAGUUAA